AGUCCCGGAGGGGAGCCGGCCAGAGUGUGCUGGCUGGAAAGGGGGCGGAGUGCGCGCAGUCAGAGCUGCCGUCGCCGCCGCAGUCUGGGCUGAGCCACAGGAGGCGGGAGGGAAGCGCAGGGGCGGCCGCGGCGUCGCCAGGCCACCGGGGCGAUGCGGGAGCCGCGCUGAGGGCGCGGGCGGCGGCGGAGCGGGAGCGACCCGGCCUGCGGAGCAGCAGCGAGUGCCCUGCGCCCAGCACCUCCGCGCCCUGCUCCGUGUGCCCGGCGAGGCGGCGGCGCAGCCCAUGUCCGGCGCGGGUGAAGCCCUGGCUCCCGGGCCCGUGGGGCCACAGCGCGCGGCCGAGGCGGCGGGCGGAGGCCGGCGGGGCUCCCCGGCCCAGGAAAAAUGUAAUAAGGACCAAACUGAGAAAGAUGUAACUCAAGCUACCAAUAGACACUUAACAUAUGGAGAGACUCAAGACCGGUCCUUGUGGGGAAAUUCUUCAGAUGGUGAACUUGUCAGAACCCAACCUCAGCGCUUGCCUCUGCUGCAGACUUCAGCACAGGAACUCGGUGAAGAGGAAAUAGGCAAGAUAAAGAAAGAAGGGCAAGCAAGUCUGAGCAAUGGCAAUGGAAUUCACCACGGGGCCAAACAUGCCUGUGCAGAUAAUCACAAACUUUCAGCUCCUGUUUCUCAAAAAAUGCAUAGAAAAAUUCAAUCCAGCUUAUCUGUAAAUAAUGAUGUCAGUAAGAAGACCAAAGUAAAUGCUGCCUUUUCCCAAAAGACAGGCUCUUCACCUGAAGAUUGUUGUGUCCACUGCAUCCUGGCAUGCCUGUUCUGUGAAUUCCUGACGGUCUGCAACAUUGUCCUGGGACAAGCCUCCUGUGGCAUCUGCACGUCAGAAGCCUGCUGCUGCUGCUGUGGCGACGAAAUGGGGGAGGGCUGUAACUGUCCGUGUGACAUGGAUUGUGGCAUCAUGGAUGCCUGUUGUGAAUCAUCGGACUGUUUGGAAAUCUGUAUGGAAUGCUGUGGGAUUUGUUUUCCUUCAUAAAUAUUUAUCUUUUGUUUGUGUUAAAACUGGAGAACAUUUUAAAAAUUUUCUUUGAAGAAAUUGAAAAACACAUGGUAAGAUUCUAUUGAAACAACUCAGUAUUUGCACUGUUAACUCAUUAUUUUUAAGUAUUCUCUGAAACCCUUUUUUUCCCCACCAAUCUACAUGGUUUAAUAUGUGAAAUUUUAACUAUUUUCACUGAGCUUGGAAACUUCUUAAUGGAUUACAGUAACUGAAGUACAUUUUCACACACACACACACACACACACACACACCAAACAUGUUAAAUGCGUCCUCUUUGUAUUGAUAUUUCUAUUUCUCCUAACCAUUCCCAGGAGUGUGUUGCUCCAAACAUAUUAUUUCUCAGUGGGUAUUUAAACCAGACUACUUAUUUUUUAUAUUUAUCUACUAGAGGUUAAAAGUAAGCAUAUUUAGUUCAAACAUUGGGAAACAAACUCACACCAUACCUUGGACACCCAGUGUUGCUCUCCCUACUCUUUUCUCUACAUGCCCCACUGGUUCAAGAGUUGCUGAGUGCCCAUUCUGGCUGUUUUCUCAUCUAGGCUUCAGAGGACAAGUAUCCUUCCACCCUUGUGCAUAGCAGCAUUCAGUGUGGCAGAGGAAAGAGACCGUUAAGAAACAAACUAAGCUAAAACCUAUAGGUGAGCAUUAUGAGGAAGAAAAACACAAAAGUCCACAUAAAUAAACAGAGAGGAACCACCAGAAUAUUGAAUAUCAGGGAAAACGAGUGUCUGAGCAGACCUCUUAGAAUGAGUGAUCCAUCUGCUACUUAUAUGAAUUAUUUAGAUUUAGGACAAAGUUUUAGGUGGACAACCUGAACUGUGUGUGCCUAUAAUCAGUUUGUAUAAGAAUACAUUCAGUGCACUUCAUUUUAGUUGUAGGAAUACAAAUUUUUUAAAAUAAAUAUUUAAAUUAGCCCAAAUAAGCACCUUAAUAUGUAUAACUUAAAUGUCACAAUAAUUUUUGAUGAAAAUAUAAUAUCUUGUACAAAUAGCUAUAUUUCAUAAAAAAUGUGGACUACUUUUGACAAAUUUCAUUGAAUGGGAGAUAUUUUAAUAUUAAAAUUCCACUAUUCUGAUUUUGAUUUUUCGAAGGCUUGCUUUUAUUUUGAGAGCUUCAAGUCUGCUGGAAAAAUGGUGUUGUCUGCUUAUUUUGGUUUGUUUCUUAACGAUGAUUAUACUUCAUAAAGUUAAUCUUGGAUGCAAACCAUUCUUUCCAAUGUAUGAGGAACCCUGAUAUCUACUAGUUUAACCAAAUUAAGUAUUGCAAUUUUAAGUUAAAUUAAGCCCAUAUAGCAGGUAAUAAAGUUUCCUACAUGUAAAGAAAUGUCAAUCGCAAAAGUAAUUAUAUAGUUACAGAGUCUUAAGUAUCUAUAGUUCAAAUGAACAUAUAUGCCCUAUAUGUUCUCCUGUGAAUUUGAUCUCUCCAAAAUUGUAGUUCGGUUUUAUUCAAUGCAAUGCCUUGUAGAAAUUUUGAAACUAGGAUUAACGGUAAUUUUCAAUUUUUCUGGGUGAUUAUUAAACUGAUAACAAUAGUCAUAGUUUUAGGAAGCCUUAAAUAAACUUAAACUUUUAAGAGACUUUUCAAACUUGAAUCAUGUGAAAACUUAUGGUUUUCUUUUGAGAUGAAACCUAGUUUCUAUUUAUAAUAUUAUUUAAGGGCUUAAAAGAGAAAAAAAUGUUAGCAGACUCAGAUUUCUCUUUUAGUGCCAUUUCCAUACACACACACACAGACACACACACACACACACACACACAACCUUUAAAUUAUUUGAUUUAAAUACAAUUUCAGUAUACAGGGUUUUUUUUCUUCCUCUUCUAAAGAAUAUCUUUGAUUUCUUACAUAAAAUAUGAUGAGAAUCUGAAUAUUGAUAUAUACCCAAAAUUAACUUAUGCUUGUAUAUUAGGAUACAAGAAUAGCAUCUGUUUAUAGACCCAUAGAACUUGCUAACAACCUGGAAUUGUUAGAAAUUUGACUAAUUUUUAUCUGCAGAAAUUUUCAAUUAAGUGGUUUGUCUGAUAUUUAAGUAUAUCCUUCUACUCUUUGCAAUGAAAAUAUUAACACAUUUGAAAUAAGGUUUCUCUAUAACAGAGAACAUUAGUGGAUACCAGAAUUUUAUUUUCAUACUUACACAUUGAAUACUUUUCUUGAUUCGUCUACUUCAGGCAGUCAUUCCUUAAAGUUUCUUGUAUAAUUAAAAAGUAAAAAGAAAAAAGCAUAAAAGUAGGCAAAUGUGAAAAUAGUUUCAAUAUAUUUUAGUAUUUCUGUAUGUUAAAUGUCUUAUUGAAUUAUGUGACCAUCAUAGCUAAGUGCAGUUAUAUAUUUCACCUCUUUUUAAAUGUGGAAACUUGAUCUUAAAUAUUUUUAAACUGGAUCUGUAUUAUCAUGAAUAUAAUAUUUUAAAA